AUGCUCCUGGAAACAAUCCGCAAGUUGGAGAAGGAACAAACCGAGCUUAGGAGGGACCUCAAUAAGCCUUCUAGUCCAAAAAAGGGAGUCAAAGAUUUGGACUACGGACACCAAAUCGCGGAUUUGCCUCGCUUGAAACGGUCGUCUUCUGUACAAGAGAGGGACACUUGGUUGAAUGGACUCGAACUCAUUUUUGAAGGAUGCCCCAACAGAUUCUCCAAGGAUGAGAAUAAGAUCAUCACCGCGGUAAUGCAAACAUCUGAUUCCUGCAGAAAAAGCUGGUAUCAGCAUUUGGCGGGUUUGUCUGAGGAGAAAAAACAUCAUGUCAAGCAUAACUGGCCUGCCUUUGUGGAUUGGACCUUGAUGUUGAUUUCAAAUUCCGAGCAAAGGCUGGGAGACCUUCAGAUUGAGUUGGAGAACAAGGUCCAGGAUAAAAAUCAGGACCCUGUGGAUUUCGACCAAGAGUUGGCAGUUUUGGAGGGAUAUUUUGAGCAGAGGUCUGAGAAAGAGAAGGCUUUGAAAUCUCCUCCCAUGCAAUUGAGCUUCCCCACACCCGGGUUAAAAUGGUGCAAACUGCUUUGCAUCAUUGGCGGUCGAACCGUUGGAACGUUGAUAAGAAGAGGAAACGUUUCCGAUGAGGAUGACGACGAAGACAAACCUCGUCGGUUCAAGGGAAAAGGUCGCUCUUUCGCGAAUCGAAACAAGGAGAAGCGAGAGAAAUCGCCAAAGAAAAACCCUGUGGGACCGAAUGGCAAGGUGAACACCUGUAACUUCUGCCAUAGUGAGUUCCACUAUGCUUCGAGGUGUCCGGACAAGAAGAAGAGCAAGGGGAAGGAGAAAGGCAAGAAGGAUACUCCUGUACAAGGGGCCAAGUCAGCGGGAAAAGAAGACGAGUUGGAGUAA